CUCAUCUCAACGCAAGCAAGAUUCCCCUGACGCAGCUCCGCAGCUUCACAUCUGCUCGCCGAAACCUGCUCCUCGCUUCCCAGUGGCCCGCUAACAAGACAACAUGGGCAGACAAAAGAUCUACUUGGAGAAACUGUCCAUGACCUUCCAGAUCCGCAACAUGCUGCUUCGCCAGGCCUUGGCAGAAUGUCUGGGCACCCUCAUCCUCGUGAUGUUUGGCUGCGGUGCCGUGGCCCAAUUGGUGCUGAGCAGUGGUUCUCAUGGUUUGUUUCUGACUGUCAACUUUGCCUUUGGCUUUGCGGCCACCUUGGGGAUUCUGGUCUGCGGCCAAAUAUCGGGAGGACAUCUGAACCCUGCGGUGACGUUUGCCCUUUGCCUGCUCGGGAGAGAACGCUGGAGAAAGUUCCCCAUGUACUUCCUCUUUCAGACCAUCGGCGGUUUCUUGGGCGCCGCCAUCAUUUUUGGCAUGUACUAUGAUGCCCUGUGGGACCGUCCCGGUGCGUUCAAUGUCACUGGCCCGAAUGCCACAGCUGGAAUCUUUGCCACCUAUCCUGGAAAACAUCUCACUCUUGUCAACGGCUUCUUUGACCAGAUUAUUGGCACGGCGGCACUGAUCGUUUGUAUCCUGGCCAUCGUCGAUCCCUACAAUAAUCCCAUCCCACAAGGAUUGGAGGCCUUCACCGUGGGCUUUGUGGUUCUGGUCAUCGGCCUGUCGAUGGGCUUCAACUCGGGCUACGCAGUCAAUCCCGCCAGAGACCUCGGACCUCGUCUUUUUACCGCAAUGGCCGGCUGGGGAGUAGAAGUCUUCACUACCAGAAACGGUUGGUUCCUGGUGCCGGUUUUCGCCCCCUUCCUCGGCACCUUCAUCGGCGUGGUCAUCUACCAAAUGAUGGUCGGUUUCCACGAGGAGGGAGAAGUACGUGACCGCAGGAACGCCGAGGCGGAGGAGAACGUGCGACUCACCAACGUCGCCGCCAACGACAAGUCGAAAGAGGCCACCAAACAAGUGCACUGAGCCUCUUUGGGCGUUUUGUUGAAAACAAACCAGGCGUGAUCCACUUUUCACCGCAGUUUAACUGCGAGGCUGGUUGGGAUCAUGAAAUGAAGCUAAUUUACUUUCUUUGUGUUUAUAUUGCAUUUGUAGAAGAAAAGACGGUAGAGGGGAGAAGCAUGACAACACAACCAUCCAUUUAAGAAGAGAUAAAAAUGUUGACGUUGUGUCCCUGGUCUUCGUAUUGAAACAGUAUUUUAUACUUGGUACCGAUGUAGUUUUAUAUAUCUUUUUUGUAAUGGAGAGAUUUAUAUCUUAACUUUCCAAACAUGCACUUAGAACGUAAGGUUUCCACGUUAGUUUACGAGUCUGUCCGGGCAAUUUCAAUCUUUGAAUUCAAGAUUUAAAACGUGAUGUUUGAAGAAGACUUUAUAUUUCACUGUGGGGAAACAAUUCGAUCACAACGUUGACUGUCAAUUUCUGGCAGUGACAUUUUUUUUUUUUGGUGAUGUCACAGAUCACUUUUUUUUCUCCAUCAUGAAUUGAUACAAUUCAUGUUUGUUGAUUCACAAAGCUGCACCUGUUUGGCGCCAUCUCGGAAUAUGAGCCUGUGUGUUUUCGAUGUCGGUUGCUGGGUGAUUCUUUUUGUACUGAUAUAAUAAAAGUUGUUUUUAUCAUA